AUGGGCUGCAUUUGUUCUAGAGGGAUUGAAACAGAUGAGAUUGUUGAAGGUAUAAAGAAGUGCUCAAGCAGAUCCCUCUCACGGCUAGUUACUCCUUUGAGGAAGGAUGUUUCAGCUAUAUUGUUUGAUGCUGAUGCUGCCACUAGAAGCUGCGGGAGUGGUAAAAGGCCUGCAACAAAAUCACAAGAGAAUGUGGUUGCUCCCAUUCCUGUGCAGACAGAUGAAGGAGAUAGGGGUUCUUUGGCUCCUGUUGAUAGGAAUCAGAACUUGGCCGGGCACCAUAGGAGGGCUACAGUGGAUUUUAGGGUGCAUGGGGCAGAUACUGAUCCGAAGAUGGGUGACUUUGGAUUGGCUAUGGAAAAUUUUAGUGUGCCCGAUGGGUUCUCUGGUGAGCAUGUGGCUGCAGGUUGGCCUGCAUGGCUUACGAAUGUUGCACCAGAAGCAGUGAAUGGCUGGCUCCCUCGCAGAGCUGAGUCGUUUGAGAAAUUAGACAAGAUUGGACAAGGAACAUACAGCAGCGUGUACAAAGCCCGUGACCUUGAGACUGGUAAAAUUGUUGCACUCAAGAAAGUGAGGUUUGUUAACAUGGAUUCUGAAAGUGUCCGUUUCAUGGCAAGGGAAAUUCAAAUUCUGCGGAGACUCAAUCAUCAAAAUAUUGUGAAGCUUGAAGCAAUAGUUACAUCAAGAUUGUCAUGCAAUUUGUAUCUUGUAUUUGAAUAUAUGGAUCAUGAUCUUGCAGGACUUGUUGCAACACCUGGAAUCAAGUUCACCGAGCCGCAGGUUAAGUGCUUUAUGCAACAAUUACUUCGUGGCCUCGAACAUUGCCAUAAACGCAAAAUUUUACAUCGCGACAUCAAGGGAUCUAACCUUCUGGUUGACAGCAAUGGAAUCCUCAGAAUAGCAGACUUUGGCCUGGCUACGAUUUUCGAUCCUGAUCAGAACCAGUCCUUAACAAGUCGUGUGGUGACUCUAUGGUACCGGCCUCCUGAGCUUUUGCUUGGUGCUACUGAAUAUGGUGUUGCUGUUGAUUUAUGGAGUGCUGGUUGCAUCCUUGCAGAAUUGCUUGCUGGGAAACCUAUCCUGCCAGGAAGAACAGAGGUUGAACAACUACAUAAAAUCUUCAAACUUUGUGGAUCCCCACCAGAAGACUUCUGGAAAAAAUCUAAGUUGUCGCAGUCUACUAUUUUUAAACCUCAUCACCCCUACCCUCGGCGUAUUGCAGAGACAUUCAGGGAGUUUCCUCCUUCAACAUUGUCUCUUCUUGAUACCCUUCUCGCAAUUCAACCAGAGGAUCGAGGAACAGCAUCUUUGGCUCUGCACAGGGAAUUUUUCUCGACUAAACCUCUUGCCUGCGAUCCUUCUAGCUUGCCUAAAUAUCCUCCAAGUAAGGAAUAUGAUGUUAAGCUUCGAGAUGUGGAAGCAAGGAGGCAAAAAGCUGCAGCUCUUAAAGGCAAGCCAUUUGAUUCUGGAAGGAAAGGCCCAUUGGAUAAUAAACCUAUGACCGGGCAAGAAGCCAACGGAGACCUAUUCCAAUUGCUGCAGAAGUGGCGUGAGCAAUCAAAUACCAAAAGUACGAGUGAGAAGUACAGUCCUUUAGAAGAAGUUGGUUCAGGGUUCCCCAUUGAUCCUCCCAGAGGAGCUCCACAUGGCUUGUCUCAUUCCAACACUACAUUGCACCCCAGUGCAUUUGGGAAGAACGAUGAUAUCAGGACGAUUCCUAACCAAGCAUCUAGUACUAUGUGGGCACCCAACGUUCCACGAUUACGAUCUCAGAGAUCAUAUAUGCCUCAGAAUAGUGGUGGCAUGGACUUUGCCAAUUCAAAGAGCAAUAUGAGCUCCACGUAUAAUAGGCUUGAUGUUGCUGAGUCAUCUGAGAAGCAGCAUGUACUAGAUAGACCUUCUUCUACCUAUAGGGGAGAUGACAAGGUUGGAGCCAAGGAAGCUGUCAUGAGUUACGGUGGAAAAAACAAAAGAAUUCACUACUCAGGGCCAUUAAUGCCCCCAGGUGGUAACAUAGAAGAACUGCUUAAAGAGCAUGAGAGGCAAAUCCAGCAGGCUGUGCGCAAAGCUCGUUUAGACAAGAACGAAUCACUGAAGGUCUGUUUAAACAAAGUCAGAGCACUAGAAUUUACCUUCAAAACGCAUGGGCCUCAGAUAAUUCCUUCAAAUUCAUCAGAUUGGCUAAAGAAAUCUGUAAUUAGGUUAAUUCCAUCAGAUGGGUUGGCUCUUGGCCUUUUGUUAAUAUUUGGGAAUCUGGGGAGCAAUUCUUCUACGUCGGGUGGUUAG